GACACGCAAAUUUACGAACUUGGCGAGAAUAAGAAAUGGGAUAAGCAGACUCUGAUUCGAAGUACCGUUAGCAGUGGAUAUAUGUAUAUCACGCAAUUUAUUAACAAUCCGGGUAAUUAUUCGUAUUUUGCAAACAAUGGAAUGUUGUGCAAUCAUGCAUCGAACGAAUGGGGUAUUAUCAGUGGCGAGCAAUAUCUGUACAAAAUCUGUACUCCAAUCGGACAUCGUCCGUACCCAGGAACUGCGUUGUCGUUUAUCAGGGAUAAUGACAAGAUGGCUUUCUUCGAUCGGCCAUAUGAUAACCGCGAUCUGACGUAA